CACAAGAGGAAACAUUACAGAAAGGAUUCAAGCCAAGUAGGACUCUAAGGAUAACGCCAUAGUAUGAUUCUUUGUGUGCCUGGCCCUCGAGCUCUCCUGCCUGCUACUGCAUCUCCUGAGGGUCUGCUGGGCAUGCGGACAGAGAAUGUACAAUCGAACUCUUGCCUCCAAAAUACCCCUCUUUUCUGGGACCCUGCGAAAGACCUGCAGACAAUCGCCAGUAACUUCUGCUAUCUAGAAAAUUCAGGAUGGUACUGGGGUGCGGUAACAGCAGCACAGGCACACGCAGCACUACAGGAGGCCUCAGAAGGAGCAUUUUUGAUUCGGGACAGCGCUCACCCCAUGUACAUGCUUACACUAUCAGUCCGGACAGUGCGGGGUCCUACCAGUAUACGAAUCCAAUACAAAGGAUCACGAUUUCUCCUGGACUCUAGCUCACCGGCUCGCCCUAGUCUCUCCACGUUCCCAAAUAUUCCCAGUUUGGUACAACACUACAUGGGACCAGAAAAGCACGAUGAGGAGAAGAAAGAGGAGGACAAUACGAAUUCAAAGAGCAUUCAAGACUCUUCAAUUGUAUUAAAACUGAAACGUGCAGUGUACAAACCUCAAGGACUACCAUCACUGCAGCACCUAACACGUUUGGUCAUAAACAGGCACACGGACUGCCCCGAAUCGCUACCACUCCCCGGGCCCCUUCUGCGCUACGUACAGGACUAUCCUUUCAAGGUAUGAGAAAUGCCCCCCACUCUGCAUUCAAGUACUUAAAUCUCAGCCACUUUCAAAGCAAACUGUGAUAAUGGGGAUUUUAUUGUUCUUGUUAAUAAUAAUAAAGAUACUGCAGCAUUUGACAUCACAGUACUGGACACAGGGUCCCCUUAUUUAUGUGAAGCACUCUUAAACAGAAACUACUCACCCCCUCAGUACUGUAAAGUAAUUAUUUGUGAGACUUUGAAUACAUCUUGUUUUAUGGAUGUGGAAAAUGCCUGCUUUACAAACAUCAAACCAACAAACUCACUGAGAUGUCCUUUUUGACAUUUUUUUUCUUGGUAAAUAUUUGAUUUUUCUACUUUUUACAUGUGUACAUUUUAUAUUAAAAUAAUUCAUUGAGUCCA